GACCCUUGUGAUUCAGGAUGCACUGUUGGACCCUGCUGAUCCAUGUCCUGAGUGGUAUGUUAUUUCUGGCAGGAAUAAUCCACCUGGUGUGUUUGGGACGGACCCAGGCCCCCUACGGACGCUACCUGGGCGUGUUCUACUCCACUACCAUGCCCAGAACGGUGCCUGCUAGGCUGGCCUGGUUCAUCCAGGAGCUACCCUCCCUUCUGGUGCCUGUACUGAUGACAACGAUGACUACUAGCCAUAGAGAGUCCAACAUCGGCACACUUCUGCUCCUGGGGACCUUCUGUCUUCACUAUUUUCAGAGGACGUGUGUGUACUCUGUGAUGACCCGCGGACGACCUCUCCCUCUGCGCGUCAUGGUUCAGGGAGGGAUGUUCUGCAUUCUAAACGGCUUUGCGCAAAGCCACUAUCUCCUGCACUGUGCCUGUUACAACUCCACGUGGACCUCCGACUGCAGAUUUGUCAUCGGUUCAACACUCUUUCUCCUGGGAAUGGCCAUCAACAUCCACAGUGACUAUCUUCUACGCAACCUCAGAAAACAAGGAGAAGUUGUUUACAAGAUCCCUAAAGGGGGUUUGUUUGAGUACGUGUCUGGAGCCAACUACUUUGGCGAGAUUGUGGAAUGGCUAGGCUACGCUAUAGCAACCUGGUCCAUGACAGGCUUCUCGUUUGCCUUCUGCACCCUGUGCUUUAUUGGGCCAAGGGCCCUCCAUCAUCACAGAUACUACCACAACACAUUCAAAGACUACCCCCAGUCACGAAAGGCUCUGAUUCCAUUUAUCUUCUGAUGAUCAGAUGAAGCCCCUAUUCAUCCCAACGACAGGAUGGGGGAUUCUUAAAUAGCACCUCAGAUCAGGUUUGCAACAAAUGGUACCUCACCCUACAAAGUGCACACAUAGAUAGCCAUUUGGAAUGAACCCCUGUUCAGAGUAGGGUAACUGUCAAAGUCAAGGUCUUUUAUUUGUCAAAUGCACCGAACAACAUGCUUCAUUCUGAACAAUGAAAUGUUUGUGACAUAGCAUGUGACAUUGAUGUAGUAAUUAAGAAAUAUAUAAAGCAAAAUGAAUUACUAGAAGCAUUUUCAAAUAAUAUACAUU